AUGUUCCGGAACAGCGCCGAGCCGGCCGACGCGGGGGAUUCUGGGCCCCGGGUCCGAGUGGAAUUUCCCCGGCCGGGCGCCGUGGGCGAGUUGGCGCCCGGCCCGGCCGACAUUUACCCAGCUCACACGGCCCGGGCACCGAGGGGGCGUGGCCACUGCGGGACGUCCCUUGCCCGUCUCUGGGGGCCGUGGAAACCUCCAGCCAAUCGGGUGGGGGCGCUGGGAAUGGGCACAAAAGGGCCGGAGGUGACCGGAAGUGACAUGGGAACCCGGAAAACGUUCCGGAACAGCGCCGAGCCGGCCGACGCGGGGGAUUCUGGGCCCCGGGUCCGAGUGGAAAUUCCCCGGCUGGACGCCGUGGACGCCCGGUCCGCGCCGGCUCAGACAAUGAUGAAGACGAUGGCGAUGAAGAUGACGACGGUGACGAAGGCUCUCCUCCUCGCCCUCGCGGUGGGCGUGGCCUGCGCCGACGUCGACCCCGCCCAGAUCUCGGGGCCCUGGCGCACCUUCGCCGUCGCCGCCGACAACCUGGACCAGGUCCAGGAUGGGGGGCCGCACCGCAUGCUGCUCCGCCAUAUUGAGUGCCAGGAGGGCUGCAACGCCCUGAACGUCUUCUUCUAUGUCAGGAAGAACACGGUCUGCACCCCGCACACGUUCCUGGCCCGGAAGGACGCAGACGGCGGCUACACCGCUGACUUCGAGGGCCAGAAUAACUUGCAGCUCUUCGUGCGGGACCCCGACAGCCUCGUCGUCACCAACUAUAACGUGGGGCCCGACGACACCGCCACCCGCACCAGCUCCCUCUUUGUCAGGUUGCGGGUCAUGAACGACGAGCGGCUGGAGGACUACGCGAGGCUCACGGAGCAGCAUGGGAUCCCGCGGGAGAACAUCCUGCGCGUGGGCGACACGGACACCUGUCCGCCCUGAGGUCGCCUGCCCCCCCCCCGGGGAAGGUUCCGGAACAUUCUAGAACAUUCCGGAAUCGAGCGUCCCCCAUUCCCCCUGCUUCCCGCUGAUGCAAUAAACUCGU